CGGAGUCUUCCAUCUCUGGCGCCUCGUCCUACGCCAGACUUAAAUUCUGGUCUCUUUCUUCUAUCUGUCUCGCUGAUACACCUCCAUUAUCUCGUGUCGCCCUCGCUAUCAUCUGACGUGACACUGUUGCUGAGAUGCUGGCUAUCUCGAGGUGGCUGCGAUCUGUUUCCUAGAUGUUUCUCCUUAACAUGGCCCUGGCGCCACCUACACACUUAUUGUACAGCUUAAUAUUCCUUAUCACUGCCUGCGCGGCAUCAGACACAAGCCUGUCGCCGGGCGUACUGGGGUUUAUACCUACUUGCGCCGAGCGAUGCGUUGCGUCCUUUGUGCAAGUUAAUUACGAGGGGACAGGGUGCGGCGAGGAUGCUUCGCUGCAAUGUCUGUGCUCGACACGAGGCAACACCGAGUUCACUCUCGGGGAGGGUGUGGUGCAAUGCAUCACCACCGAGAGAAGGUUUGGACAAUGUUCAGACUACAAUGCAGGUCAUGUGACGGACAGGGCUUACUUUAUGUGCAAUGACGAGCUUCGUGCUGUUCAGCCCACACACACCCUCAUUACCGCAUCUUUGGUGCUGCCAACAACGCGCGGAGGAUUCGUGAGCUUUCCGCAAGUCUCUACAAAGACAGGGGAGCCCACGUCGCUGCCAUCCACGCUGGUCACCGAGACAAGUCCAUCGCCCACAGUCCGAUCCAGCACUACGCAGACGACUCGUACCAGUGGAGGUCCAACGUCGACGACAGUCUCCACCGGCGCAGCGCAGUCAACGAGCGAGACCAUGGCUACGUCGCCUGUUGGGACCCCGGGUCAAGCAGACGAAGAUGAGCAAGAUGACGAGGACGAUGGAGGCGGUCCGGCUCUUGGGACUGGGCAAAUCGCGGGCAUAUCCAUUGGCGUGGUAGCCGCGGCCGGGGUGGCCAUUGGUGCUAUUUUCCUCGCGCGCCGCUAUCGCAAAAAGAGGCAUCCGGGUGUCAGCACAGGAUUCCUGCCUCGACGUAGCACCUGGGGCUACCUCGGAAACCAGAGGCCCGAGAUUGCCAGCCUGAGCAGCACGCCAUCUUCUCCGCGCGUUCCUCCACCCGGCAGCUAUUAUGCUGCGCCGGUGCCUCCACCCCCUCUGGCAGCCAGGAAAAGCUACAGCCGCACAAGCUGGUACCCAGGUGGCAUUGGGAUGGCCUUGUCACCGCCGUUCAAGAAGGACGACGCGCCCGCGUCACCCAAACCUCGGCGCAUCUCAAAGCUCCUACCGGCAAAACCGACAAUGACACCCAUCUUGGCGAGGUUCUCCUUUCAACGUGAUUCGGAGAAACAGCAGAUGGGUGACGCGCCGCCACAACUGCCUCCAUUGUCAGGGUUAUCCUAUCGACACAGGGACCUGACCGAGAAACAGCUCCCGCAGGCGCCGCUCACCCUUCACAUUCCGGAGGAGAACACGCUCGCAGUCGCGGUUCCUUCACGGAUGCGGGACAGCGCCAUGACAGAGUUCGAAGAGGACGGUGGCUCAUCGGUCACCUCGCCCCAGGGUCAGGUUUGGCGGCAUCCGUCCCAGAACCUGGCGUCAUCCUACGUCGCCGACAAGAAUGGCAACUGGGUCCUACGAACCUCGGCCAAGCCAGACCAGGCGUCCUCCUCUUCAGCGGUGCCAAUGACCGCGCCCCCGACGCAGAAUCCGAAUCCCUUCAGGGUGGUCAACGUUCCCGGCCUACCGCCUGCUCGGAGGUCGCUUUCUCAGCGCGAGUCGGCUCGGGUACCGCACUUGGCGCCAGCACCGGUGAUUACGCGUGACAGCAAUAAAAAUCAGUCGUACUUUGCGCAACCACAAGAGUCGCCCACGCCAAAGCCACUGUUCUCCACGACGGGACACGGCAACGUCGCAGCCCAGGGUCAGGACCCCUUUCCACAACAACAAAACAGUAAGCAAUGGCCCACUCAACAACCACAAGCCCCUCCCGUGCAGCGCGACCGCGCAUCAUCCCGCAGCAGCGACACGACCAUCUUUGAGAGUUCCUCAGACGAGUCCAAGGAGCCGACGCCCCCUGAAGCUCCACCGGGUAGUCUCUCCCCCGUGGUAGAAUCGGCCGAAUCACCAGCUUCUGCUUCUGUCAGUCGCCCACCGGUCAUGGUGCAGCCCGGCCAAGGCAGCUUCAACAUGAACUAUGCCCCGCCGCCUCGUCGACCAAAGAUGUAUCAACCCCCAGGACAACCCAGCCCAACCCUUGGAAUACCGGCGCAGCAGAACAGACAGCAACCUCCAAGCCAGGGUUCGUCCUCAUACAACAUGCCUAGUAAGGGUCGACAACCGACUGGCCAUCAGCCAGCGUCCGCCAGAACCGGCUCUCCAACGAUGCGUGUCGUCGAGCCCUCGCCCGAACCCGACGAUAGGGGCCUCCUCCCCUCGGUGCGAGGCCAUCAUCGCCGCGUCUCCUCCGCGUCGCGUCCUCCACAUCAACAGGUUAUGCCCUCACCCACGCAGCAACAACGCCACUUCUCGCCCCCCCAGCCGCGUCCUGGCAUGCCACAGCACCCCUACCAGCAACCGCGACAGCAAGACGGUCCUUAUCCGCGCAAGCCAACCCCAUACAUGCGACCAGCGCAGAUCCCCGCGAUCGUGCACAGCCAGCAUGACCUGCCACAACACUACCGACCCGCGCAGAAUCGACCACCACCCCCUCCGCUCGCGACAAAUCUCCCCUCCGCGCCGGCCGCAGCGGGCUUGACGACCUUUGUCUCCCCCGUCUCGGAGGCGUCGACGUCCUCGUCCCUCCUCGCCAAGCGCCUAGGCUUCGAUCGGGCCGCGCAGAUGGCCAUCCCCACCGAUCAACACCACAGCCAGCGCCAGGGAGGCGGGAACAGGCGAAGAGAUGCUCCUCCCCCUCCCCAUACCCCACGGCAGGGGAGUGAUGGCGGCGACGAUGGUUUACCCCGGACACCUGGGUGGAUGCCAAAGUUGACACCCACGCGACGGGGCGGCGAUCUCUUUCUAAAUGUGCAAUGAGGAUUUGACGAGACGAUAACAACACAGCAAUGGGAGGGUUCGGACUUGUUUUCAUUGGGACUGGUUUAGCAUGCAAAAGAGGACCAUGGAGUUUGGGCGUGCGUGGCAUGGGGACUUUGAUUUACAGCUGUCUUGUAUUUCAUAUGACACUUCUUCUGCACAAUGUCAGGAAGAGAAUGGAUUCAAGGCUCUUUGACACUCUGA